CAUGACAGGGUGGCAGCAUGACACACAGCCAGGCUAUUUAUGACAGCUCGCUUCAGGUCGCCAGUGCUUUUGGUUUGAAGCAUGACGGCGUGGAGCGAGAAGCAGCGCGUCACGGCUUCCGCUUCCGUCUAUUGGUGUUUUGAGAUGACGACACGUUAUGGUUUUAUGUUAACGGUAUUUGUCAGUAUAUAUAUUUAGAGAGUGAUGUCUUAAAAUGAAAUUGUUGUUGAAUAGUGGUUAUCGAUUUCAUAUUAUUUUGUAAGCACGCAGUGCAGUUUAUUAACCGUGUCUAGCUUAACGUUGGCAUUGUACGGAAAGUCAAUGUGCGUAACGUCUGAGUAGCUGAAGCUGUUUCUGUUAACACGAUGCUGCAGAGCUCCUUUUCUGUUUUAAGGGUGACUUUUGGACCAGUUUGGGACUGUCUUAUAAGUGGGCUGUUCUUCGAUCGUGUGCCACCCUGUCUUAUGAGAUAAUGUGCACUUUUCAUUCAGUUGGCUAGAUACCGAGUCAUGCAGCAAGACAGCGCCUGUUCUGCUUCCUACGCAGGACAUUAAAACACGGCGAAAGGGCAAAACAGUUUUUCAUAAGCUUUAAUCAUUAAUUCGCGAAUUACUACGGUGCCAUCUGUCUGCUGGAGACGGUAGUCAGGUUAAUGGAGGUGGAGGAAAACAACGAACAACUCGACGAAGGCAAAUGGCAACUCCUGGGGUGGACGUUCCUGGCAGUGGUAGCGCCGGUGAUCAUUACUCUGUGGUGCAGUAUACAGCGCUCCAAACGCAAGACGCUCAUACGGGAAAUAUUCCGGAAAAGCAAACACGGCUGGCACUACACCGACCUCUUCAGCAAACCGACGUAUUGCUGCGUGUGCUCGCAGCACAUCCUGCAGGGCGCUUUUUGUGACUGCUGCGGGCUCUGCGCAGACGAGCAGUGCCUGCGCGCGGCCGACCGCAACCUGCAGUGCAAGGAGAUCGCGGCCCCGCCGCGAGAGGACGGUGCGCUGGCGCACCACUGGGUCCGGGGCAACGUGCCGCUCUGCAGUUACUGCGCGGUGUGCAAGCAACAGUGCGGCACGCAGCCCAGCCUGUGCGACCUAAGGUGCAUUUGGUGUCAAACCACGGUGCAUGACGACUGUAAGGCCGGGCUGGGGGACGAGGACCGCUGUGACCUGGGCGAGUUCCGCAGCCUCAUCAUCCCGCCGCAUUAUCUCCACCAUGUCAACAAGCUGCGUCGCCGGCACCCUGACGAGUACGUCAAGUUGGCAGUGCUCUGUGGAAGCGGGUGGACGCCAGUGCUCGUCCUGGCAAACACGCGCAGUGGCAACAACAUGGCCGAGGCUCUGCUGGGAGAGUUUCGCAUCCUGCUGAACCCCGUCCAGGUGUUUGAUCUGACCAAGCUGCCGCCGGCCAGGGCCCUGCAGCUGUGCACUCUGCUGCCGCCGGGGAGCGUGCGCGUGCUGGUGUGCGGGGGGGACGGCACCGUGGGCUGGGUGCUGGACGCCAUCGACACCAUGAAGCUCAAGGGCCAAGAGCAGUUUAUCCCAUGGGUGACUGUCUUGCCCCUCGGCACAGGGAAUGACCUGUCCAACUCGCUGGGCUGGGGGGCGGGCUAUGCUGGAGAGAUACCCGUCGAGCAGGUGUUGAGGAACAUCAUGGAUGCUGAGGUGGUCAACAUGGACAGGUGGAAAGUCCAGGUGGCUUCAAAAGGAUACUAUUUCCGGAAACCAAAAGUUCUGUCCAUGAACAACUAUUUCUCUGUGGGCCCAGACGCUCUGAUGGCCCUGAACUUUCAUGCCCAUCGUGAGAAGACGCCUUCAUUCUUUUCCAGUCGCAUCAUCAACAAGGCAGUUUACUUUCUGUACGGGACCAAGGACUGCUUGGUGCAGGAGUGCAAAGAUCUGGAUAAAAAGAUUGAGCUGGAGCUGGAUGGGGAGAGGGUGAACCUACCCCGCCUGGAGGGGAUAAUCGUCUGUAACAUCGGCUACUGGGGGGGUGGCUGCCGUCUCUGGGAAGGAAUGGGGGAUGAGCCGUGCCCGCCAACGCGUUUGGAUGACGGCCUGUUGGAGGUGGUUGGGGUGUUCGGGUCCUUCCACUGUGCCCAGAUCCAGGUCAAACUAGCCAACCCUGUGCGCCUGGGCCAGGCUCAUACAGUGCGGUUGGUGCUGAAGAGCUCCCGGAUGCCCAUGCAAGUGGAUGGUGAGCCCUGGGCCCAGGGGCCGUGUACGAUCACCAUCACACACAAGACUCGGGCACCCAUGCUGUACCACAGCCUGGAGCAGACUGAUGAUGAGGAGGACGACGACUCCAGCUGCUCUGACACGGACGCCCUCAAAACCGUUGCCAAACCAGCAGAGCUAGUCAACCAUAUGUAGCGUAGACACCUCUCCCCCCUCCAGUCAUCUGUAGGUUCAGUCCGGCCCUUCAGCAGCCCCUCCAAUGCCUGCACACUCCCAAGGAUGUUCUGUCACAGAGGAUGGGUGGGGGGGAGGUCUGAUCGAUCAUGACUUGUGCUGUACUCAGUUGUCAGGGUAUGAUUUUUGCACUGAUUCCAUUUGCCACUGUUGCCAUGAGGCCAUCGUCUUGCCUGACCACGACUGACUGCAAAGGGAGUGGUUACCUUUGUAUAGCCCAGGCUUAGCACUGACUAAUAAGGCAAAUAAGACUAAUCUUCAGGGCACUGUGUUUACCUUUUGAAAGGUAGAGGUGUUGCCAGCACACUGGAGAGUUUAAUUGCCAUGCUGUGAGUCUCAGUCAUACAUGUCUCAGUACAUUGCGCACUGCGUGCACCACCUCUCGUGAUUCGGGCUCAGCUGUCUGGGUGGUUGAGAUAAUACUACACUAGGGGAUCCCAACGUUUUGAUGUCUGCAGACCUGUAAAACAGGCAGCGGCUCCAGCAGUAACAUUUUCCAAGCAGGAGUACACAAUGUAUGGAAAUACAGGACGAGUCUUGUAUUUUUUUUGUGGAUCUGUAUAGGACACGGCGUCUUGUUCUGUAGUGUGGGGUGAUCCCGUAAUAAUCAGGGCAGGUGGCAACUGUUCACCCAGCAUGUCGUGGCAGGGUUCAGUACGGGUCACAGACCAGUACCGGUCCUUGGACUGGGACUUGGGAACCUCCGCACCUCUUCCCAGACAGCUUACAAAGCAGCUCACCACAGUGAGAGUACUGACAUCUUCAGUGCUACUGUUUAGUGUUGCGCUUGUUCAUUUCUGUUGCACUGCUCCGUAUAAUAUUCUUACUUAGUAUCAGAUAACUCUGGUUCUCCUUGGUUGUGGAGAAAAGGUAGUUUACACAAAAAAUGUCAUUCCCACCAAAGAGGAAGUUUAUUUAUGAAAUGUCUAUAUAUAUAUAUAUGUUUGUGUUCACUGUAUGGCAUGUCAUAUUUUCUGAUUAUAUACCGAUUCAUUUAUGUGGAGAAAUCUUGCCGCUCCAGCUUAUUAUAGGUAUGAGGUAACUGCCUACUGAGCUGCCCAGGAUAUAUAAAGAAACAAUCCCAUUCAUUAAGGGUCUGAUCUGAGCAGUGGUGCAGCUUGUAUGCGGCAUAUACCCUGCGUUUGUGUUCUUGCACUGCACUGAUGGGUAAAUAGCAGAACACUACCUCUCCAAAGGAUUUAAAUGACCUGUCGGGUGAAUAAAUGAAUUCACUCCCUUAUUGUUAUUGGAUAGAAUUUAAGUAAUUUACCUGGGCUAAUGUGCUGGGGGCACCGAGAUGAUAUUUUAUGCAAUGAUGUUGAUGAUCUCGUAAUGUCUAAGACAACCGAUUAUGAUAAUGCUUUCUGUGUGGCUUCAUAACAUCUCAAGAAGCUAUGUAUCAUUUAUGAAUGUUUGCAAACUGAGUGGCUCGUGUUUGAGCUCCGCCUGUUUACAACUGGCGUUGGCACCUGGCGCGCAGUACAUGAAAGUCUUCUGUAUGACUGCGUAUAAAAUGUCUGUGUUGUCUGUCCUCUCACACGCAUAUGACAUGAAAACACUUCUGAAGAAAGCAAUGAGGCCUUUUGGAUCUCGGUUAGUUAUGUUUACAAGUCGCUGAUAACAUUUUAAUGGCCACCUAUCAUGGACAGGGUGGCAGUUGGCCUGGAGCCUGUCACAUACUGUAGAGCACAGAGAUCUGGGCUGGGGUGCAUCUGUCUGAGACGCCGUCCCAUUCCAGGACACAUGGACAAUUACAUGCAGUUUUAUGUAUUAUAGAUGUAAGCAAAUGCAGUAUGUCACUGUUUAGGGAAAAUACAGUUCAUGCCUUGUCAGAUAUUAUGGAAUAUUAUGUGUUUUUGUUUGUGUUUUGGUUCGUGUUGGUCGUUUUGUGAGUUUCUCCACCUCUGGGCCCUGUAUGGCAAAGCAGGAUUUCUUGCUUAGCCAGAAAACUUGUCAGAUUUAAGGUCCCCCAGUUUAAAUGGACUUUAUCUUCAUUCAUUUACAUUUAGUCCAAACUACGUGAAAUCUGACAAGUUAUCUGGCUAAGCAAGAAAUCCUGCUUUGUGUCCCAGGCCCCUGCUCGUUUUUUUGGUGUUUUAAACUCGUGAAGUCCUCACUAUUUAAUGUGGUGUUUGGAAAAUAGUCCUUGAGCCUUCAGGCCUUUUCUCCGCUUGCCUGCAUUCACAUAUUGAGCCACAGAGUGUAAUUUCAAAGCAUUUUGCUUUAACCUUGCAGUAAUUGCACAGUUGUUGCGAUGAUGCAUCCUAUAGCCAGACAUUUUGUGGUGGAGGUGGUGACUGAAUAAAAAUAACAAUUAAAUGAC